AUGUCUUUGAAUAUAAAUACUUCAGUGACCAGAGUUGGAUCCAAAACUUUAUUUCACAAAAGAUUCAUGACUAACAAAUCCCACUUAAUUUCCCAGCCAUUUAAUACAGAAAAUACUAGAAUUAUUAGAGAAUCCAACAAGAAGUUCCCGCCGCCAAAAUUUAUAUCAUUUGACCUUUUUGGAACAUUGUACAAGCCUAAGAAAUCGGUUCCAGAGCAAUACUAUGAGAUUUCGCACGAUGAGUUUGGUAUCAACAAGUCGAUUGAGCUGAUCAAAGCUGACUUCCCCAAGGUUUACAAGCAGAUGCAGCAUGAGUUUCCAAACUAUGGUAAAGGAAGACCGCAAUUUGAACACUGUGAUCUGUGGUGGCAAGAGUUGGUCAUCAGAUUGUACAACCUAGAUAGACACGAUGAUGAGGCUAGGGCUUUGUGUCAUCGAUUGAUUCACCAUUUCACAAGCAAAGAAGCCUAUGAUCUUUACCCAGACGUUGUGCCAACACUUGAAGGGUUGAAAAGACAUGGUGUUAAAGUAUUUGUUGCAAGUAAUUCUGAUUUGAGAGCAUUAACAAUUUUGGAAAGUUUAGGCAUCAAGCAAUUUUUCCAAUGUAUGGAGAACUUUCACUGCAGUAAUAUAUUUCUUUCCUACGACUAUGAUAUUGGCAAGCCAGAGAAGACUUUUUUUGACAAGGUUGCUUUACAAGCUUACAGAUCGAAAGUUGACCCCAGGUAUAGAGGUAGGACCCCGCCAGUGGAUUAUUUAUCUGGAUGCUGGCAUGUUGGAGACGACCAUGGUCAAGAUUUUAUUGCAGCUAUCAGGGCUGGCUGGAAUGGUGUGCUUUUGGAUAGAGAUGGCACAAAUGAGUUGAGUGAGGGUAUGCGCAGGCGCAAUAAGCCAGAACACGAUUCAUGUUAUAUGAGUGUGCAACAACAACAACAACUGCAUCACACCAACGGAGAAGAUGAGCUAGAUGGUCCGUUGAUCUUGGCUAAUAACAGAAUAGUCAUUUCCAGUCUUGAUCAACUCCUUCUCUUGUUUGACUGGGAGUAA